AUGAUUUUAAAAUUGGAGAAAACUCCAACGGAUUCUUCUUAUUUCUGGUUACCUGUUUAUCUUUACAAUGAACCCGAUAUUGUGAGAAUUAUAGUUUCAAUAACUGAACUUAUUUUUUAUUUUUUCGCUUUUUAUAUUAACAGCGUUUGCCUCAAAGUGUACCUCAAAAUACAAUUGUUUCAUUAUAAUUUUAUAAUUUUAUCAAUUCCAAUGUUUGGACUUUGGUACGAGGCUAUUAUUGGGAAAAUGAUUGUAAUGCUGUAUAAUUUAAAAAUAUUGAAAGUUAUCGAUCAUGAAAUAUAUUUUUUUGCUUUAUAUACAGCUGAUACUGAAAAAAUGUUAGUUGUCAAAUCUAUCAAUGGACUUGAAAUGUUGAUUUUGUCUGGUUUUAUUCAGUGGCAUUACAUAUUUUCAAUGCUUUUUGGUAUUCUUGCAAUUUGUAUUGAAAGAAUAUUUGCUUCAAUGUUGAUAGACAAUUACGAAAAAAGUACACAAAUUUGGAUUCCUGUUGUACUCAUUGCAAUAACACAAUUUUUUUCAAUUACUGUUGCAUUGGGAAAUCUUUUUGAAAUAAUUGGAAUACUCGCAUUCAAUGGUUUUUGGAUAUUCACUGGAGCAAUAUCAGUAAUUCUUCAUCUUGUCAUCAAGAAAAUAAAUAACGACUGGCAAUGUGAAAUGGAAAGCCCGAGACGAAAAAAGUUCUUCACUAUUUCCCAAAGAUUUCAAGUGAAGGAGAAUUUACGUGCUCUACGAGUUGGCAGGAGAUUGGUUAUAUCAGUUAUUGUGACUGUAGUUGUUUGUGGUGUUGGGAUUAUUGCGCUCAUUCUUGAAGUGGUUCCACCAUUUUUAUGUCAUUUUGUUGAAAACUGCAUUUACCUAAAUCCAUUCCUUAUAUGCACAGUCACAAUGUACAGCACUCAUGCGUGGAGAAAUGAAUUUACAAAAUAUUUUCCGUGUUGUCGGUAUUUUGGAAUUGCCAAAAAAGUGAAGAUAGCAACAGUUCUGUCAAUCGCGGAUUCAAGAAAGAAUACUGAAAUUGAAACUCAAACUUACUUCAAAAUGCUCAAUGACUCUUGGGUUUAA